AUGCCGCCCAGUCGCACCCUCCUCCUGGUCCUCUUAAGCUUGCUUACUCGUGUCAGCACUAUACAGUGGGAAGAAAAAAUUGUGAAGGUACUCGAACUGGAUUGCACGAAUGGGAAGGACCUUCCUCGGCACCCAAGCUUCAUUUGCGCUCAGCAGAAAUUCACACAGUGCACUAAACCCACAAGCCGACUGUGCCUCCACCUGAACAGGCAAUCCCAAAACAGAUUCGAACUGAUAAGAAAAAAGUUAGAAGGCAUAGGAGUGUUCCCAAAGGACAUCGAAGAGACUUUCGUCAAGGGGACGGGAAAAGGCGGGCAGAAGGUUAACAAAACGAAUAACUGUGUCAUGAUAAGAUAUGACAGCGGGACGGGGGAGAAAAUAAUAAUCAAAUGCCACAAGCACAGAUGUUUACAAAAAAACAGAAUAUACGCACGGGAGCUGCUGUACGACAAAAUUACUUCCAUCAGGGACAACCUGGAGGAUGCUAUUACUCACGAAAUUGAGAAAGAAAAGCGAAGAGUAUUAAAACCGACGGAUAGGGAAAAGAGGCAGUCAAUAAAUUAUAAGAAACGCAGAUCGGAGGUGAAAAACAAUCGGCAAAAGAGUUUUCGCUAUGAGGAUGACAUUGGUUGA